GUCUUUCCGGUACGUCACCUAGAUUAGGCGUAGCAGACAGCUUAUGUUAGGCCUAACAGUGGAUCUCACUUUGUGGAUGUACGCGUACGACGUCGGCACAGUACAGAUAUGGGAGACUCAGAGGAAAUCAAGACACUGCUGCAGAUGAGUGCAGGUAUGAAGAAACAAGCCUAUUGUCCUUACAGCAAGUUCAGAGUGGGAGCAGCUCUCAUGUGUGAUGAUGGAACAAUCAUCACAGGUUGUAAUGUAGAAAACGCCUCCUAUGGGUUAGCCAUAUGUGCAGAGAGGACAGCACUGGUCAAGGCUGUGUCCAUGGGUCAUAGGUCAUUCAAGGCCAUGGCCAUUUCAAGUGACCUCAAGUCCUCCUUCAUUGCUCCGUGUGGUGCCUGUCGUCAGUUUAUGUUGGAGUUUGGUAGUAACUGGGAUGUGUACAUGACAAAGCCAGACCACACCUACAAGCUGAUGAAGACUGGAGAACUCCUGCCCCUCGGCUUCGCUCCUGGUGCUCUGGAGGAGGAGAGGAUCAGCCAAACUGCCUAGUCCUUAUAAAGGACGACCAUGUAACCAGGGAGGACCAUGUUACCAGGGUCAAGGCCUAAAGUCAUUGUAGAGCAGCUGUAUAUCCUGUAGAUCUGUCAUUCCAAAUGUCUACAAAAUUAUGGUAACAAUAUAAAGUCACAUUAAUAUUGUGUUCAUCCAAAUCUAGGUAAAAAUAUUAAAGGAGCCAGUUUCAAGUUGCAUGACUAUUCUUGCUGUAACAUAAUCAAAUAAAAAAUCUGGAUAUUUUUGUUAUCAGAUAAAAAGGACGAGUUAUGCAUACUGUGAUAUUUAUCUCCAACCCAAAAGAGUUCUGCAUUAAUAAAACUGUAAAAAAAUGUUAGGAACUGUAAUUAGGAUGAUAAUACAUUUUGUAGUUACAAUAGAAUGUUUUUAUUGUUGAACGCUCAGGUGGUGUGUAAUUAUAAAAUAAUGGUGCCUACCAGAAACUUGAACAUUUCUGAUAUUUAUAGACAUGAAUCCCCACCGAUGAAAUGGUGAGGGCAUAGACAAAUUGAGGUGAGAUAAGUCCGAGGUUUUAUGUUAAUGAUUAUAGCCUAUAUGCUGUACUUCAGAAUGGAUUUAUGAUAUUUCAGGACCGAUGUAUAAAAGGAUGUUUUCAUUUCAAGCUGGAAAAUUUCUGUAAGACAUGAAUGCCCUUGCUUCCAAGCAAAAUAAGCAUCACUAUAUGACAAACUUCUAUAGGUAAUAAAUGACCUUGACGUUUGUCCCAGAUAAACAAACUCAUUCAAAGUUAGGAUUGAGAGCUAAUGAACAAAUCGGAAACCUGUUUACCUUCUCUAAUCUGUGGCAAUCAGAUUAUAUCAAUUUUCUGGAAAGUUAAAAAUGUAAAAAAGUGAGCAGAUGAAUAGAUGACAGACAAACUAUGACGUCAAUAAAGUGUAUUUGAGCCUUUGGUUCAGGUGUUCAGGUGUUCAGGUGAGCUGAAAAACAGAAUCUCUGUAAUUAUAUGUACAGUAUACAACAUUGCUUAACAAGGGGUAUAUGAUUGAUUACAAAAAAAGAAAUCAUGUUUUUAAAUUCAGUUCAAAUCAGAAUUUAACAUCUGUCAUCAAAUAGAAAUACCAUUAAUGUAGAUAUUGUUACGGGAUGUGUUUUGCAUAGGUAUAAUGUUAUGAGUAGACAAUUUAAUGCUUGAGGAAAUUGACACAGAAAUUUGUACCCACCUGCUCAGUAAAAAAUUACAUUGGCGGCAUUGAAAUGACCUCUUUUAGCCUUGUUGUGAUAUAUAAUGUUUGUGAAGGUGUGUGAAUGUCAACAAGAUAAAAAUCAUAAAAUCAUCAAUUUUAUAAGUGGUAGUGUAAAUCCUAUAUAUGGUAAUAUUGUAUUUAGAAACUUACCUCGUAUCAAAGAUAUAGUCAGGAAAAUAAGCAGGGAUAAUGUGUACCUCACAGAUUUUAUAUGAAUGGCUAUCAACACCUUAAUUACUGUGAUUGUUUCAGGUUUUUUAAAAUUAUAAUUAGGUUAUUUGUUUAUUAUGUAAUUGUUUGUACCUAGUGUUGAAUUACGUACAUCAUUUUUGUAUCAUGUGUUGAAUUGUGUGUUUGUAUCAUGUGUUGAAUUGUGUAUUUGUACCAUGUGUUGAAUU